AUGCAAACUGCUACCACUGCUGCCGUCAAUUCCAUGCGAGGGAUUGUGACUGGUUUUAAAGGUGCCACCCUGGAUUUUCCCAUUAUGAAGGAACUGUGCAUCUGUGAGCGACUGUUGUACAGCAACAGAAGACGCAAGCGCGCCAACGGGGAGGAGAGAAGCUUGAGCUGUGACCAGUGUGGAAAGACCUUUACUCUGAUUGGUAGCUUAAAAUCACAUCAGCUGAUCCACACCGGUGUGAAACCAUUCAGCUGUGAUCAGUGUGGAAAGACCUUUACUCUAAGAUGCAACUUGAAAUCACAUCAGCUGAUCCACACGGGGGUGAAAUCAUUCAGCUGUGAUCAAUGUGGGAAGACCUUUACUCAUAGAUCCAACUUAAAAACACAUCAGGUCGUCCACACGAAAUUUAAAGCUUUCAACUGCGAUCAGUGUGGAAAGUCUUUUACUCAGAUUGGUCACUUAAAAGCACAUCAGCUGAUCCACACAGGGGUGAAACCAUUCAGCUGUGAUCAAUGUGGGAAGACCUUUACUCAUAGAUGGAGCUUAAAAUUACAUCAGCUCAUCCACACUGAAGUUAAAGCUUUCAACUGUGAUCUGUGUGGAAAGUCUUUUAAUCAGAUUGGUCACUUAAAAUCACAUCAGCUGAGCCACACAGGGGUGAAACCAUUCAGCUGUGAUCAAUGUGGGAAGACCUAUACUCAUAGAUGCAGCUUAGAAAGACAUCAGCUGAUCCACACCGGUGUGAAACCAUUCAACUGUGAUCAGUGUGGAAAGUCUUUUACUCUAAAAACUCACUUUAACAGACAUUAUAUGAUCCAUGUUGGAGGUAAAUCAUUUGUCUGUGAUCAGUGUGGAAAGUCUUUUACUGCGAUUGAUAGGUUAAAAAUGCAUCAGCGCAUCCACUCUGGAGUUAAAUCAUUUGUAUGUGGUGACUGUGGAAAGUCUUUUACUCACAUGACUGGCUUAAAAUCACAUCAGUAA